AUGCUUAGUCGGGGACGAUGGCCCAAAGUCCAGCUUAGUACUGCCUCCUCUUUGAGGCAUGUUGCAUCUGUAUCUUCUGUUUCAACGAGCUCUCCAAUUCCUAAACUUAACGAAAUCGACACGAAAUGGACACAGAGGUGGAGACAAGAAUCACCCGACGGGAGCUUGCAUCCGGCCAAACAUACUACUCCAAAAGAUGCUCCUCCAUUUUAUGCGCUCUCCAUGUUUCCGUACCCAUCAGGAAAUCUUCAUUUGGGCCACCAAAGAGUAUACACUAUUAGUGAUGUAAUUGCUCGAUUUAAGAGAAUGAAGGGCUACAACGUCAUUCACCCAAUGGGAUGGGAUGCUUUUGGACUUCCAGCAGAGAAUGCUGCUGUCGAAAGAGGAAUAAAUCCUGCUGUUUGGACAGAACUGAACGUAGAGAAGAUGAAGGAACAAAUGCAUUUGAUGUUGGCAGAUUUUGAUUGGGAAAGAGAGGUCAACACGUCGUCACCCGAUUACUACAAGUGGACGCAAAAAAUCUUCACGCUUUUGUUUGAAAAGGGCCUUGCUUACCGAAUGGGAGCGGAGAUCAAUUGGGACCCAGUGGAUCAGACAGUUUUGGCAAAUGAACAGGUUGAUGCUGAGGGUAAGUCUUGGAGAUCUGGUGCGAAAGUGGAGAAAAGAAAUUUGGAACAAUGGUUUAUUGGCAUCACCAAGUAUGCGGAAGAGUUGCAAGAAGACUUAAAGCAUUUGGACCAAUGGCCCGAUAAAGUGAAGGCCAUGCAAAAGCAUUGGAUUGGAAGUAGCCACGGAGCAGAAAUCUCCUUUCCUACUUCCCACAAUUCACCUAUAACAGUGUUUACUUCUCGGCCAGAUACAUUAUUCAGUGUCCAGUUUGUAGCUGUUGCGCUUAACCAUCCCCUUGCCACUGAAGCUGCUGCCAAGGAUCCCAAAUUGGCUGAGUUCAUAGCACAUGCGAAGGAGAAUGAUGAUCCAACAACAAAGGAUGGAUAUUUGCUUUCCGAGAUCCGCGCAUCCAUUCCUAUUGAUGUUAAUGGUGACAAGCAGAAAACCUUCGAUGUUCCCGUUUACGUUGCUCCUUAUGUACUAGGAACUUACGGCCAUGGUGCUGUGAUGGGCUGCCCAGCACACGAUGAACGUGAUUUUGAUUUCUGGAAGCUUCAUAAUCCCGCCAUUCCCCCUGUUCAAACUGUGGGUAGCGCCGAUCUUGGUAGAGCCCAAGAGAGCAAAGAGAUCUUCACUGAAAAGACUGGAAAACUUUACACUUCGUCUGUUCUUCCAAAUGGACUUGAUUCCUUAGGAGUUUUCGCUGGAUUAACUUCUCAAGACGCAGGAGAGAAGAUCAUGGAUGCUUUGGAGCAACAUAAUGCCGGUGGCCGGUCUACUCAGUUCAAAAUAAGAGAUUGGCUUAUCAGCAGACAGAGAUAUUGGGGCGCACCUAUUCCUAUUAUUCACUGUGAUUCUUGUGGACCUGUUGCUGUUCCAGACAAAGACCUUCCUGUUCUUUUGCCCAAGAUCGAAGGGGAGAGUUUUGGUAAGGGAAACCCCUUGUCUAAGAUCGAUUCGUUUGUCAAUACCCCGUGUCCAUCGUGUGGAAGUGAUGCAAAAAGGGAUACAGACACUAUGGAUACAUUCAUUGACUCGUCGUGGUAUUUCUUCAGAUACACUGAUCCAAAGAACGAAAACGAAAUCUUCGACUGCGAAAAGGCUUCCAAACACAUGCCUGUUGAUUUAUACAUUGGAGGCGUUGAACAUGCUAUCUUGCACUUGCUAUAUUCUAGAUUUGUGGCCAAAUUCCUUGGUGACUGUGGCUUGUGGAAUGGUAAGGAGUGGAAGAAUGAGCCAAUCAAGAAAUUGGUUACUCAAGGUAUGGUUCAUGGAAAAACAUUUACUGAUCCCCAAAAUGGCCGGUUUUUGAAACCGGAAGAAGUAGAUCAAUCUUCUGGAAAGAUCGUUGCUUCGGGUGAUACAGCCAAUGUGAGUUUCGAAAAGAUGUCCAAGUCGAAGUAUAAUGGAGUGGAUCCUGCUACUUGUAUUGGCCAGUAUGGAGCAGACGUGGUAAGAGCUCAGAUUUUGUUUUCUGCGCCAAUUUCUGAUUUGUUAAACUGGAACGAGGAACAAAUUCAAGGUGUGGAAAAAUGGUUGAAGAAAGUUUUGAUCUUGAAAGAUGAUGUCUUGUCCGUUUGUCAACUGAAAAAUAAGCCAAGUUCCAAUUUGAAAGACUAUGAAAACUUGACUUUGAAUGGAGUACAUUAUAACUCUUAUAAAUUGAGCCCAGAAGAACUCAAUUUAUACAACGAAAUUCUGAGUUACACCAACCGAAUUGCCAAGUCGAUUGAUGUGGACUUGUCUUUCAAUACCAUCAUUUCUGACUACAUGAAGAUGACGAACUUGCUACAAAAGACAAUUAAAGAAAAUCCAAACUUGAAUCCUGAGGUUGUCUUGGAUAGCUACAAAAAGUUAUUAGUGGUUAUGGCCCCUGCUACACCAUCAGUCGCCGAGGAGUGUUGGGAAGGUCUUGCAAUUGGUCUUGGAAAGCCCUGGAAGUCCAUCUUUUUUGAGAAAUUCCCGGAUGCUCAGCCAAUCACCUCCUCGGAGAUUCCCUACAAUGUUAUUGUCAAUGGAAAGAGAAGAGGAGGCUUCAGGGCUGACAGAGAUUUUGUCAACUCAACUAAUUCGGACAUCUUAGAACAUGUCUUGAAACAAACUCCGGCUGAGAAGUUCAUUGGCAACAAGUCAAUCAAGAAGAUUAUUGUCAAGGAAGGAAUCAUUAGCAUCAUUUGUAAAUAG